AUGGCGCAGCAAGAAAAUCAACUGGACAGAGAAAGAUUCUGCUGUUCGAUCUGUCUGGAUCUACUGAAUGAUCCGGUGACUACUGGCUGUGGACACAGCUACUGUAAGAGCUGUAUUAACACCCACUGGAACACAGGUGAGGAGAGAGGAAGCUACAACUGUCCUCAGUGUAGACAGACCUUCAUACCGAGGCCUGUCCUGGGGAAAAACACCAUGUUAGCUGAUUUAGUGGAGGAGCUGAAGAAGACUGGACUCCUAGCUGCUCCUGCUGAUCACUGCUAUGCUGGACCUGAAGAUGUGGCCUGUGAUUUCUGCACUGGGAGAAAACUGAAAGCUCUCAAGUCCUGUUUGAAUUGUUUGGCCUCUUAUUGUGAAAAACACCUCCAGCCUCACCAUCAGUCAGCUCCAUUGAAGAAGCACAAGCUGGUGGAGCCCUCAGAGAAGCUCCAGGAGAACAUCUGCUCUCGUCACGACGAGGUGAUGAAGAUAUUCUGCCGCACUGAUCAGCAGUGUAUCUGUUAUCUCUGCUCUAUGGAGGAACAUAAAGACCACGACACAGUGUCAGCUGCAACAGAAAGGAAGGAGAGGCAGAGAGAGCUCGGGCUGAGGAGACAAACAAUCCAGCAGAGAGUCCAGGACACAGAGAAAGAUGUGAAACUGCUGCAACAGGAGGAGGAGGCCGUCAAUGGCUCUGCUGAUAAAGCAGUGGAGGACAGUGAGAAGAUCUUCACUGAGCUGAUCCGUCUGCUGGAGAAAAGAAGCUCUGAUGUGAAGCAGCAGAUCAGAUCCCAGCAGGAAACUGAAGUGAGUCGAGUCAGAGAGCUUCAGGAGAGACUGGAGCAGGAGAUCACUGAGCUGAAAAGGAAAGACCGUGAACUGAAGCAGCUCUCAGACACAGAGGAUCACAACCAGUUUCUACACAACUACCCCUCACUGUCACCACUCAGUGAAUCUACACACUCAUCCAGCAUCAGGAUCCGUCCUCUGAGGAACUUUGAGGACGUGACAGCAGCUGUGUCACAGGUCAGAGGUCGACUACAGGACAUUCUGAGUGAGACAAAGACAGAGAUUUUGCAGAUUUUGUCUCAACCGGAUGUUUUAUUGCCACAACCAGAGCCAGAGAGCAGAGCUGACUUCUUAAAAUAUUCACAGGAAAUCACACUGGAUCCAAACACAGCACACAAACAUCUGUUAUUAUCUGAGGUAAACAGAAAAGUAUCAUGUAUGAGUGAAGAUCAGUCUUAUUCUGAUCACCCAGACAGAUUCACUGGUUGUCAUCAGGUCCUGAGUAGAGAGAGUCUGACUGGACGUUGUUACUGGGAGGUGGAGGUGGAGGUGGGGAUGAGGGGAAUAGUUGAUGUAGCAGUCACAUACAAGAAUAUCAGCAGAGCAGGAAACUCAUAUGAAUGUUCGUUUGGAUACAAUGAUAAAUCUUGGUCGUUAGUUUGUUAUAGAAACAGUUAUAACUUUUAUUACAACAGCAUCAAGACUCCAGUGUCAGGUCCUGUGUCCUCCAGAGUAGGAGUGUACCUUGAUCACAGUGCAGGUGUUCUGUCCUUCUACAGCGUCUCUGACACCAUGACUCUCCUCCACAGAGUCCAGACCACAUUCACUCAGCCUCUCUAUGCUGGAGUUUAUUGUUUUGUAUCCACAGCUGAGUUCUGUAAACUCAAAUAGACUCGAGUCAUUAAAAGCAGUGAUUUAGAUUCUGUGUGUAAAUCUUUAACUUCUUUUGUCUCCAUGUUUGUUGAUCAAAGUUCGUCGUGGUGACGUUUCUGCUCCGCACAGAGAUCAGCUGUCAAUCAAACACUGACCUUCCUUUAUCACACAUAUAUAGUUGUCACUUUGUAAAGACAGAAAUCUAUAAUUACACUGACUUGAAUGUGUUUGAAAGAACUAAUGUUGCUGUUGUUUUCUGAAUCAAUGUAGAAAUCAGGUUGUGUGAUGUUUUAGAACCUGUGUUGAUUCUGAUCCUCAUCAACGAGCUGAUUAUUUGUUUUUUUCUUUCCAGCAUGUGAGAUGGAGGUGAAACAAACUGAUUGUGUGUCCAUGAACUCACUGAACAAGAGUCACUGAAUAGACUUUACUGAUGAAAUGAUCAAUGAACUCAGAGCAUCAGUGUUAUGGGAUGUUUGGUCACAUUGUAAAUGUUGAACCUGGUUUGUUUUUAUCACUGCUCAUCUCUGUAAAGUGUGAAUCCACUCGUCCUCUCUGUAUUUACAUAUUUAGUGAACGGGCAUAUUGAUCUGCUGCUGCGUAGGUUUCUGUUCUUUUUGAUGUUCCAUUGGAGAGUGUCCUGAUCGAGUCCCUCUGAGGGUUUGUUCUGCAGCUCUCAUCACGUGUGUUUCUUAUACAUGUCUAUAUACAUUUAAAUCUCUUAUGUUUGUAUAAAGCAAUACAAAUCUAAUGUGUGAAGAAGCUGAAAGUUGAAAUAAAGUAUA